AAAUUUGACCCGAAAAAAACAGAAAAAAAAAAAAUACACCAAAACAAAUAAACAAAGCUCUACACAAAAAAUCAUUUAGAGAACAAGUUAAAGCCAAACCAAUUUGAUUGGUUUACAAGGAUACGGUACGAGAGACGUUGUAACGAGAGACGUUGUUACGAGUAUAGUGUUUAAGUAGUUUUUGAGCAGGUGGGAGGGGUGUAAGGCUUGAGAGAAGGUGGUUGAUUGUCGAGAGUGUAGCCGUUUGCACGCAAAACACGGGACUCAGGUACCAUUUUCGCUCUUGAAGCGGUUAUAGUGUUUCUUUUCAUUGUUAAAUUGAAUAACACUAAAAUAUGGAUGAUGGACUGACCAUCAGGGACACUUCACUGGCUCAAGGUGAUGAGGAUAAGGAUGAUAGGCAGAGAAGGGCGUCAGGAUGUGAGAUAGCCGCCAGAGAGCAUACGGGGGAGUAUCCCAGCUAUUUGAAGUCGCUUGAUGAUAGUCAGCUAAUAAGCCAUAUCAAUAGUUUGUCGCAGGACAGACAUUCGCCCUUGGCAGUGCCUAGAAGCAGUGUGAAGGGAACCUCGACUCCGUUGCCGCCCAACAAGAAGUUCGUUGAGUCGUUCAAAUCCACGUCGACAGACCCGUUUGAUGAUGGUCUUGAUGAAGUGAUUGCCGAUUUGGCUAGUAAGAAUACUGCUCCAGUUGGUUUGGAUUCGGAGUCUAGCUCUGAAGAUGAGUCGUUUGGUCAUGUUGGGCCGUUACAUGAUUUUGGGGAUUAUGGUACUUACUUUCAGAACAAAUCACGUAAGCAGCAACAGUCAGAUCAAGCUUUUGUAAAGUGGGAUGAUGAAAGAAGGAAACUACAACAUGAUACUUCUCCCCGUAAGAAGAUUUUUGACGGCUGUACCAUUUUUGUGAAUGGUCAUACCAAUCCUUCCAUGAGUGAAAUCCACCGGUUGGUUAUUCUUCAUGGUGGAGUAUUCUUAAGCUUUUUACAUAACAAAGGUGCUGCUACUCAUAUUGUAUGUGACCGUUUAACUCCUAGGAAAAGAAUCGCUUUCAGAAACUAUAAGGUUGUUAAAGCAAAGUGGAUCACAGAUUGUAUUGCCAAAAACCAAUUGUUAAAUUGGUUUGAUUAUAGGUUAAUCGAUGACGUUGAUUAUGGUCAGAAGAGACUCGGCUUUGAUAAAGUUGAUGAGGCUGACCUCGACAAUGAUGAUCAAAUGAUAGCGGAGCAAACGAUAGCGGAGCAAACGAUAGCGGAUCAAAUCACAAAUAGUGACGUAAAUCAAAGUACUAAAAAUCAACAAGAUGAAGAUGAUGUGGAUGAUGUGGAAGAACUAGAAAACGAUUUACCAUUAACUCAACCAGAAUCGGAAGCAGAAGAAGAGAAACAAAAAUCACAGUCUAGAAUUGAAUUCUUCGAAAAUUUGAACCAACUAAGAGAUGUAAAAGAUCCAAAUAUUAUCUUGGAUGCAAAACAUCCGAAAUUCUUGCAACAUUUUUUUGCUAACUCGAGACUUCACCAUCUAAGUACUUGGAAAACAGAUUUACGUACAAGGUUCUUGAGAAGAAUUGUCGAUAGUUCAAAACUGUCUGUAUCAACAUUACUCAAAACACAACUUCAUGAAAAAGUUAUUAUGCAUGUCGAUUUUGAUUGCUUCUUCGCUACUGCCUCAUGCUUAAACCAUCCAAACCUUGAUAUAAAUAAAGAUCCAAUUGCAGUUACUCAUGGAGGUCGUACCUCUGAUGUGGCUAGUUGUAAUUAUAUUGCGAGAAACCAUGGAAUUUCAAAUGGAAUGUGGCUAUCAAGAGCCCAAAGAUUAUGUCCUAAUCUUAUAACCAUUGACUAUGAUUUUGACUCAUAUGAAAAGUUUUCCAACUUGUUCUAUAAUUAUUUGAUAUCAAGUGGAAAAUUUGAUUCGAUUUUUCCUGUUCUGAUCGACGAAGCGUUAUUAGAUGCUACAUCUUAUUGUCUUUCUAAUUCGACCGAAAGUCACACACUUGUUGAUUCAGUCUACGAUUUGAUCAAUGAAAUUCGCUCAAAGAUAUAUCAACUAACUAAUUGCUCAGUAAGUAUUGGUGCAUCUAAGAAUGUCCUUUUGGCCAAGUUGGCUAUCAGAAAGGCUAAACCAAAUGGUCAGUUCUACUUACAUGAUAAAGUCCAUGAAUUUUUGAAACUGGUCCCAGUUAAAAAUUUGCCAGGUAUUGGUCAUAGCAUCAAGGAGAAAAUCAUGAAUGAACUCAAAAAUUCAUCUAAAAGUGAACCACUUGUCCAGGACUUAUUAACAUUCUCGAAACAAAAACUCAUGCACAUUUUUGGGGAUAAGACCGGUACAAAACUAUUUAAUUAUGCUCGAGGUAAGGAUGAUACCAGUAUCAAAAUCGAUUUAGAUAAUAGUGAAUCAGUUUUGGGCAGGAAAUCUGUUUCGGUUGAUGUGAAUUUUGGUAUAAGGUUCGAUACUGUCACCCAAUUAGAGACUUUUCUCAUUGAUUUGUCGAAAGAACUAUAUUCAAGAUUGGUUGGCUUGGGGAUUUGCGGCUCAUCUCUUACUUUAAGAUUAGCCAAAAGAGCGGACAAUGCCCCAGUUGAACCUGAGAAGUAUUUGGGAAUGGGUGUUUGUGAUUAUUUCAAUAAAACUUCAAGACUAGGUGUUCCUACUAAUGAUUGGGGCAUUAUUGGUAACGAAUUAAAGGCCUUAUACAGAAUGUUAAAUAUUCCAGUCAAAGAAUUACGAGGAAUAGCAGUUACCAUGUCAAAGCUUAAAGAUGUUGCUAUGUUGAAAAAAGAUCGACAAAUGAGACUCCCAUUCAGUGCUAUUGGUAAGAACGACGAUAUGGACAUUGGUAAGAACAAUGAUAUGAAUAUCAGCAAUGUAGUAGAGGCUUCACCAAUCAAAGCAGUGAAACAUAUAAGCUCUACAAUACAAGCACAACCAGCCACACACUCGAUAGAUCGUCUCACAUACGACACUAUUGAUUGGGAAGUAUUUAAGGAAAUUCCUGAAGAUAUUAAAAGAGAAUUAAAAAGAGAGUUGUCGCGUAGGGGAAUGCAAAAUUCUCCUAUCAAGAAAAGUCCAGUUAAGCGAGAAGCUGCGAACUCUAAAGUAUUUUUGCAACAAUUACUUCCAACCCAGGACAAUGGCUCUGUUAAGUAUGCUAGAGUGGUGCAUCCAUCUAAAUCACCAACUAAGAAACGUAAAGUGUCCAAGUCUCCUCUGCCAAUCAAAAAGGAGUCAUCUCCAGUAAAAUAUGUUACAGAUUUAUCCACCUCAUACGACGAGUCGGUGUUAAAUGAAUUACCGUCUUCUGUUAAAGCUGAAGUCUUGAAAGAUUUGCAAUACAAGAGAAAAGUGAAACGAAUGAACUUAGCCCUAACUCGCGAAAGUAUCAAAAAUGAAGAACUUACAGUCACUAAUAAGAUUACCCAGUCUUGGGUAAAUCAACAGACUGUGUUUUUGCAACCCCCCUUGUUUCUCAACCAACAAUUUUCUUAUAAUGAAAUAGUUGCAAAAAUCAAAGGCUGGAUACAAAUGACAUUCAAUCAGCAAGGGCCUCAUGCCGAUGAUAUUGGUUUUUUCAGGAACUAUUUGGCAGAAUUGUUAUACCAACAUAAUUUGAAUCGGUGCCUCAAUCUAAUGAACGUUUUACAAACUGAACUUGAUUGUCAUUCAAGAGUGAUCAGUAUGAACAAGCAUUUCACCCCCGAAGAACGAGAAUUCAAAACUGCUUGUAUUAAUGAUUGGAAGGCAUACCUUGCUAAUGAUUUGAAGAACGUGAUUUUGCAGUAUUGUAUCAAGAAUAGCAUUGAGAUUGAUAUUUGAAAUGAGACAUCAUGAA